AUGCUCCUCGAAGAAGAUCCCUCGACUCUAAUCUCCCACACCCUCCAAAACUUCAACAUCGCCCCCGACAAGCAGGCCAUCUCCCGCAUAAGUGAGUCCCUCUCGACCCUCCAACAAGCGCGCGACCUGCGCCUGCGCGAAGCCGAGUCCUCCCUGCGCCGGCUUGCCCGCACCCUGUCCACCCUAACCGCCCAACAUAACGAGCUCACUUCACAACACAACUCGGCGCACCACGCGUCCGAAAUGGCGCGGCUUGACACCCAAAAAUUCCGUAUCGCGAAGGCCGCAUCAGACCUCGAAAUGGAGACGGAGCGUCUUCAGGCCCAGUUGGCUGAGUUACACGCCAAAUUGCAAGAGUUGGAAAUUCAAGGUGUAGAAGGGGGGGUUGAGCCGGGGAAUGUCCCUGGAAACGGGGGCGUUGAAGAUGAGGUGUUGCUGCGUCUGAAAGUGUACCGGAGUUUGGGGAUGGAGCUGGAGAGGGAGGCGGCCGGUGCCGGGGGGGCGGGGGACAGGGAGAUGGGAGUCUAG